AUGAAUUACAAAAUAUUGGAGGUAUUGGAAUUUUUUUCUGCUGGUGGGCUUGGUUUAUCAGAACAGAAAAACAUCGAAGAUGAAAAAAAAGUUCAUGCAAAAUAUAAAACUACUACGCAAUUUAUGACAAAAUAUGAAAAGGCUAGGAUAUUAGGUGCAAGGGCAUUACAAAUCAGUGGUGAUGAAACAGACCCACUUGAGAUCGUUAGGAAAGAACUUAACCAAAAAAAGAACCCAUUAAUGAUUAGAAGGUUUUUACCUGAUGGAAGUUAUGAAGAUUGGAAUAUCAAUGAAUUAAUAAUCUAA